GUUGAGCAGGACAUUAAACUAUAACACGACUAACAAUAAGAACGUCCAUUAGCUUUCCUCUCGUAUAUAAGCAAAGCAGUUAAUUACCAAGAUGUCUGCUGCACGCGCUCUUCUUUUGCUGAUAUUUGGAUUUACCAUGCUGAAGUUCAUCUGCUGUUACAGUGAUGGAAGUUUAUUGACCGACCAGUGUCAAAGUAUGGCUAUAGAUCAUGGAGUUCAAGCAUCAGGACAAGAUUCAAACCCUUUCACCGUCAUUCCAGAUAACGUGACCGUGAACAGUUCGCAAGUGGGAACGGGCAUUACAGUGACACUCUCGACUUCUUCUGUUCCAUUUUUGGGCUAUAUGUUGGAGGCCCGUGAGUGUGAUAAUUGUCCACCUGCUGGUACAUUUAGUGGGAUUGACUCGGCCAACAGUCUGCUCCUAUGUGGUGACCAGGCCGUGGCUCAUCCCAAUAACAACGAUAAAACUUCAGUCCUAGUGACGUGGACUCCUCAAGCCACUGGACAGUUUUACUUCAGAGCUGCAUUUGUCCAAACUUUCAGUUUCGGUUGGCAAAAAAAAGCAAUCAUACUCCCAACGACAACAACAUUGCCGCCGACAACACCAAUGACAACAUCACCGCUGGCAACAACCCAGUUAAUGACACAGUCAAUUAUGCACACAAUGACGCCGACAACCACACAGACAAUGACGCAGACAACUACACAGACAAUGACGCAGACAACGAUGCAGACAACGACACAGAAAACAACAUCGACACCGACCACGACACCUACAACGGUGCAGAUGAUGAUGAUGACAACAACCACUACAACAACUACUGACACCCCCGCUACUGUAACAACUAGGCAUACAACAAUAGACACAUCCACUGCACCACCAACCUCUGCAGUCAACAGUACACAAACAGGUCUAACUGUAUUCACAACACCAAACCUACAGGCUACAGUUUCUGCAGUCAAUACUACACAAACAGAUCCAACUACAAACACAACAUUAACAUCAAACACACAAUCACAGACUACAGUGACGCCAUCAUAUCUUUUGCAGUGUGUGCGGUAUAUGAGAGGUGGUGUGGUACUGUUGUUAUUCAGCAGACUUUGUUUUCUUGGAGGCUCUUCUCUCCUCAUGAUCAUCAAACCAGUUUCAAAGAUGCCCACCCAGAUUGCAUCCAUCAUUGAACUAAUAUCCAAAAUUAUCACUACUAUCCUUGUACUAAUAAAAGCAGUUCAUUAUGACUGUGAGAAUGCUGGUUUGCAGUUUGUGUUUGCUGCUUUGAUAGUGACUGCAAUGAUUACAAGCCUGAUGCACACCAUCACUGUUUUCCUUCACCGCGGACUAAGCCAUGAAUUAAAAACGUGUUGGAUUGGUUCUCUCAUAAUAGUUGAUCUACUGAAUACACUCAUUACAUCCAUCUCAAUAUUUUAUGGCUUAUGGUGGUUUCAAGGGCGCUGGAUGCUAAUAGUAAUGACAGUUUAUGUUACGUUGGAGUUCAUCCUUUACCUUGGAGCAGCUGUUUUUAAACGGAUGGAAAAAUACAAGAAGUACUUUAUUAAAAGAAGUACUAAGAGAGUGGAACAAAAUUGUACUGUUCUGGAAAACAAGAAACCCCCAUGGUUCUUGAUGUUUGUCAUUUGUUUAGUGUUUUAUGUAAUGUUUACAGUUGCACUUAUUGUCGGAGUGUCUUUGCUUUGCUUUCAAGCUGGGUCUUCGUGUAUGUUGCUCAAUUAGUCUGUAUACAUAUAUUUGCAUGUAACUUCAUAAGGACCUGCCUGCUUUGAAACGAUUUUUUUUCUCUAGCACAUGAACCAAUUUCUUGCACUAUUUUCUUUUGUAUACAUGUAUCUAUUAAACUUUGUGUGGAUAUGUAUAAUGUACUUUCUGCAAUCUGAGUGGAGGAUACUAAAAAAGCCAUUCUGAAAGGAAAAAAAAAACCUUACAAAAUAUGAUGAUGUUUUUAAAUGUUGCUCCCCAAAGUUCAGAUAAUGUCUUAUCAUUUAUGUAACCAUGUCUGUUUCACUUUACGUUUUAUUUAUUCAUGUCACACCCCGUCAUGUUAGUUCUCCUGCAUUCUUUAUUAGUUGUCCCCUUAUCAAUUUUAGUUAAUUGUUUCUUUGUGUGUUUAUACCCUGUUCUGUUAGCCCUUUGCAAUCAGUAAUUUUCUCUGUUAGCCUUGUGAUGUCUGUGUGUGCCCAGGUUUGGUUUUUAUCCUUUAGCUUGCUUUUGUUUAUGUUUUUUCACUACUUUGUAAUUCCUGUUUACCUGCACUUCUCUAUAAACACACUGAACUGAAUUUGAAUCCUCAUUUUAUCAUUUCCCAUCACUGACGUAACAAUUCACUUUGCUGCUUUACUGUCCUCUGUAAAAUGGACAAUUUAUAACCUUUUGAAAUGAGAAUUGAGCCACUCUGGAUACUUUUACUUCUAAGUGUCCUAAGUAUGUAAAAACUUCUAAAGUUUUUGUUGUUGUUAUUGUUUGUUAUGUUAUUGUUUAUGCACUUGAGGUUUAAAAUGUUUUCAUAUUUAAUCACAAAGUAAAUUUGUCACCUAUAUGAGAGUAUAAUUGUUGUUGUUUUGAGAAUGUAAGCAUAGCGGCCUACAAACUCUGCGAGUGUUGAAGCUGGCUUCUGCUGAUAAAACUACAAACUAUCUUCAGUAAAUUUUAUUCUUUAAUUAAA